CUGGCUGUUAGUGUAAAGAGGCUGUAAGUCACCCGACAAUGCGGUGAAAUGAGACAAAUACUUACUACCCUUUCUCCCCCAAUAUAUCAGACCACUGCGAAACGAGAGAAUAAACGACGUCUCGGGGAGGAGGCAAAGGCGAAGAAGAUCAGGGCAAAAAAGCAGGAUAGAUAUGAUCAGAAUGCCAUCAUUCUGCGCGCAACUCGGAAUUAAUCAUGAGGGGGGGGGGGCGAACCGGCUUACCUACUUGACCAGCAAUCAUUAACAUGAAGUAUGUACAUACAGCACACAAUAACUUAGUAGUACAUAGUAAGUAUCUGCAAAUAAUAUGGACUACUACUUCUACUGCCAGGUUACUGAGUACUACUGUUACUGUGCUCAAACUGUGGUUCUGGGCCCAGACGGUGGAUCUUUUGGUUCCUUUUCUUGCCCUUUUCCCUUUCCUGUCCCUUUCUCGACUUUCCCGAGUCCGUCGUUCUCUUCUCUCCCCCUCGUCCGCUUGCUGCUUGCUCAAUUGGCUUGGCUACUAUGUCCUGCCGCCGUCGUCGUUUUCUUACUAUGCUUUACUACCUUACUACCACUGCUAAUACUAUACUAUACCCUUUGCUCAUCGCUCUAUCCUCUUCGAUCUUGUUCCUUUCCCCCUUUCCCCUAUUUAUCGUCAACACCAUUCAUCAUUCCCCUCUCCACUGAUUUUCUCUUUUCAGCUUGGGUCCAUCGAAACUACUCGGUACUCUUCUGGUACGAGAGUCGGUGUUGCGACCCCAUCCAUUGGUUCGUUCCAGGAAGAGAUCGGGUGCACAGUCCGGAAUCUGGUCAGCUUUCUUUCUCAUAUACCCGAAACAAUCUGGACCCCAGUCCGUCUUUGGGCCUACCUACUACCUACCUAGUAGUAUUCUUCCAAGUUGCCUUCCCACUCACUCUCUCUCGUUCUUUCUACUAUCUCUCUUCCCGCGCUCUUUGCUCUUCCCUAACUUUUUCUUUUACUUCCACCACUUACUUCACUUGACACUACUUGACUCAAGCCAACUCUACUUAGACUGCGAAUCGCACGGUGACACCUCACUGGAAGUUCAUCUACUUGGACUUGCUGCUUUA